AGUUACAUUGCGACCGUCGUGAGCGACUGUGCAGCUUCUCUCGCUCUCGAUUCACCUCGCGCCGAAUUACGUAUUUUAUUUUCGUGUCAUAUUUUAUUGUGUGUCGGAUGAUGAUAUUCGAUUGAAACGAAACAUGGGAUUAACAUUAAGAGUUAUGAUACUCUCCAUGAUGUUUUUGCACGCUUCUUCGGUAUUGUCAGUGAACGAGAAUUUCUUAAAGAUGUUCGAAGGUCAGACUCCCGCUGAUCCGUGUUACGACGAUGACCGGCCUCGUCGUUGCAUUCCAGAUUUCGUGAACGCCGCUUUCGGUAUUCCAGUAAAAGCUUCAUCCACUUGCGGAUUACUUACUCCGGUACAUUAUUGCGAAGCACCCGAACCAGGAGCCAAUCCUCAAUGCCAUUUGUGCGAUGAUCGGCAACCUAAAACUAGAUUUCCGGCUUCGUAUCUUACCGAUCUUAAUAAUCCCCAGAAUGUUACUUGUUGGAGAUCCGAACCGGUACCUCCGGUUACUUCGAUUAACGCACCUCCCGAUAAUGUUACCCUAACUUUGAGCCUGGGCAAAAAAUACGAACUUACUUACGUUAGUCUUCAAUUUUGCCCUAAUACGCCUAAACCGGAUUCUAUAGCUAUUUAUAAAAGCAUGGAUUAUGGUAAAACCUGGCAACCGUUUCAGUUUUAUUCCUCGCAAUGUAGAAGAGUGUAUGGAAGACCUAAUAGAGCUACUAUAACGAAAACCAACGAACAAGAAGCCAGAUGUACGGACGCUCAUAGAUACACCGGUGGUGAUAUGCAUAAUUUCGGACAAACUUCAAGAAUAGCUUUCAGUACUUUAGAAGGAAGACCUAGUGCUUCUGAUUUCGAUAACAGUCCGGUUCUUCAAGAUUGGGUAACAGCUACUGACAUCAAAGUCGUUUUCAAUCGUCUUCAUAUGCCCGUCGAAGAUUCUUCCGAUAAUUUAGAUAUUCUAGUUGACGAACGUAUGUUAAACAAGCAUUUAGAUGAACAUGAAGACAAUAAAGAACCUUCUGUCCAAUUAGUAAACGAAAUGCAAGCUGUCGAUAACGAAGAAGCGACCAAUACGAAACCAGCAGCGGUUCCAGAAGUUGUAAACAAUGUUAUAGUCGGUGGUUACCAUCAAGUGACUCAUCAAUACGCGGUGUCUGAUUUUGCUGUUGGUGGUAGAUGUAAGUGCAAUGGGCAUGCUAGUAGAUGCAUUGCCGGUCGUGAUGGACAAUUAUCUUGCGAAUGUAAACAUAAUACGGCCGGGAGAGACUGCGAACGAUGUAAGCCGUUUCAUUUUGAUCGCCCCUGGGGCAGAGCUACUACAAGGGACGCCAACGAAUGUAAAGCUUGCGAAUGCAACCAACACGCUCGCCGUUGCAGAUUCAACAUGGAACUAUACAAGUUGUCCGGCCGAGUGUCCGGCGGCGUUUGUUUGAAAUGUCGUCAUUUCACCGCCGGAAGACACUGUCAUUAUUGCCGCGAAGGUUUCUACAGGGAUCCUAACAGAGCGAUUACGCAUCGCAGAGCAUGCAAACCUUGUGAUUGCCAUCCAAUAGGAGCGUCAGGAAAAACUUGUAAUCAAGCAACAGGACAAUGUCCUUGUAAGGAUGGGGUGGUGGGAAUUACAUGCAAUAGAUGCGCUAAAGGAUAUCAACAAAGUCGUUCUCACAUCGCCCCAUGUAUAAAAAUACCAGUAGUGCAGAUGAUGGCUACAGAAGAAGACAACGAAGGUUAUGAAGACUAUCCGGAUACCUCAAAACCUGGAGAUCAGUGCGGAAAAUGCAAAGCAGCUACAAGAAGAUUAAAUAUGAACAAAUAUUGCAAAAGGGAUUAUGCUAUCAUGGCAAAAGUACUAUCCCGAAUCGAUAAUAACGAAGCUGAAUAUACAAAAGGUUGGGUGAGAUUCAUGAUCAACGUCGAAUUCAUCUAUAAAAAAUCCAAAGAAUCCAGAAUAAGAAGAGGAACCAUGCCCAUGUUGGUACCUGCCGCUGAUCUGGCUUGUAAAUGUCCCAAAAUCAAAUCCAACAAGUCAUAUCUAUUCCUAGGAAGAGAACGAGACGAUUCUCCCGGAGGAAUAGUGACGGGAAGUUUAGGAGUAACUCAAAGGUCUAUAGUCAUUGAAUGGAAAGACGAGUGGGAUCAACGGAUGCGUCGAUUCCGUCGCCGAGCUCGAAAAUGCAAAUGAACUACCAACCCAUCAAAAACGAUAUUCAAAUAAUUCGUUUUAAUGAGAAAAUAGUACGUCUGAGAAUAAAAAGACUAUCACAUGACGUGGCGCAGUUAAUAGGAUACGCGUUAACGUCAUUUAGCUUUAUCGAAUAUUUAUUGAUUGUAUCCAAGUUGUCUUCUGAUUCUCAGACUCGAUUUUUUGAUUCACUCAAGGAUCACUUGGGGUUGUUUCUAUUCCUUAACUAUAACGUGUCAUGAUUUGUAUGGAAAUAGAUCUUUUUAAUGCUGGUAGGUUAACUGUGAUUUUUCAGUAUUUGAUUUUUUUAAUUAUAUCUAUCUAAGAUAAUCAUCAUCUACAAAAAAAUAUUAAUAAGGUAAAUUAGUAAGGACGGGCUCUAAAAUCAAAUUCCCCUUAACAAAAUUACAGUUAUUCAGCGCGAUCACGAAACUGUGCACUGUGCUCCAUUUCUAUGGUGGAAACCUUGAAAAAGAAAUAGAGUAAACCUUAUAUUAGUAGACUCAAAGUUUCAGUAAUUGAUUUAGAAUUGACAAAAAUUGUAGUAAAUAAAUUUAACGGUUCAAAUAUUCAUUUUAUCAAUAUAAACAUUCUGAAUUUCGAAAAUAUAAUGAUUAUAUCUUGUGACUCCGGUUGUUAAUAUUGACCAUUAGUCCAACUUGACUCAUUUUUGAUGUCGAGUUCCUUUUUGAACACCUUCAAGAAGAGCGUGCCAAGGAAUUGAUGCACCUUCCUAUGGACAGAUUCAUAUAACAGAGCAGAUGUUCAUUUACCUCCUUGACAGAAGUAAAAGGUAUCAACGGGAGCUUUUCCCGUUUUCCACUCAGGAAACAUUCGACCAUAAGUAUGCUCGACAUUUCUUUUCAAUUCUAGAGAGAGUCCAAUCUCCCAUUGUUUGAUAAAUUUCGUUUUUGUCACCUGAUUUGUCAAUUUAUUAUCAUGAAUCCCAUCAUUCAAUCAUGGUCGAUAGUGUAUUUCAGUCAUACCGAACAGUUUAAUCGAAACUAUAGUAUUUCAAAAUGAAUAUUUAUCACAUUCUUCUGAGGAAUUUGCUAUAAUUUUUGCUUCAAUGGAUUUUUGAUACAAAACUUUCGAAAUUCCAAAAGAAUAUUGAUUCUAAUUCUGAGACGAAAUGACAUGUUCCCUCUGGAUGCUUCUUGGCUCCAAACAGUUGAGCUUCUACAUUGUUUUUCAUCCAAGACAGCAUGGCAUAAUCCCUCUGAAUUUUUGUUUGCUCCAAACAAUUGAUCUGCUAUAUCAUCACCAAAAUUUCCAUUGGUUUUCGAACCAGCAUCCAAAAUCUAUAGCUGAAUUGCUUCUUAAAGAUUUCAAACACUUCAUUUACACCAACUGAUACUUCCUAUGAUGAAACCACAUAUUUUUCUUUGUUUGUAGGACAAAAUAAUUAUUUGAGUGUAUACGUUUUCGAGAGUAGAUUGAACCCAUUUCUACUACUUAAUUUGACUGAAUUCGAAUCUGGAAGCUAAUAGUUUAUCAUGAUCCUUCUCAUUCCAACCAAGCCGUACGAAUCCACCUAAAGAACCUCAAAGUCUAUAAGAACUUCAGCCUGAAGCAAAUAGUGGUGCAUCAGGUCAAUAUACCAAGAGUUGAACGAUGUACGAUACCGCUAGGAGAAGCUGCGAAGAGCUAAGGACCUCUCUACAUCCAUUUAAGCGAUUUAACAGAUUACACCAGGCAUUGAAGAUUUAGAUAGACCAAGAUCAUGGACGACAUCGCUUGGAGAUAUUUCGAAUCAGUUAGAACAAAAUUAACACCCAAGACAAGAUCAGUCUGAAGCAAAUAAUGAUGCUUCAGGUCAAACAACCGAGAUUUGAACUAAAAGAUUAUGGACAACACCGUUAGGAGAAACUUGAAAGAGCUAAGGACCUACCUAAACAAGAAAUCAGCUGGACCAAGACCUACAGUGAAUAUCCCAAUAACAUAAAUCACUUAUUAAAACGUAUGGUAAUAAUUGAAGAUUGCUUGAGCAACGUUAACAACUAUAUCCAAUCUUUUCACUCUACUCCUAUUUUCUUUGAUGAAAAAUCUAAUUGAUUCUUGUCAAAUUCAACCCACAGUAAUUUGGUUCCAUCAAGAAACUAUUCAAACUGAUUUAGUAUGUAUAAAAUAGUUGCAAACUACUGGGUUGAAUUGUUUUUAAAUAGAACACCCUGUAACUCGUUUAGGAGCCGCUUUCAAUCUAAGAGAAUCUUUGAGCUGAAGAUUCAGAGUUGAAAUUAUCAGUGAGACUCUGUUUGAAAAAAAUAUCACGUUGAUGGUAUCUAAAACUGAGUGGAAAACACCUGUUAUAUAGAUAAAAUGGAUCAGAUAACCUUUCAAAAAAUUUGUAAAACAUUCACGUUAGAAUAAUAAUAAAUUUUCCUCCUACUAAUCUACCUUAUUAACAACUUGUUUCAGAUUACCUUAAAGUCGAUAACAUUAUUAAAACCACAUAGAAUUUUAGAUAAUUAAGGUUAGCUUUUCGAUAUAUACAUUAGAUUAGAUGUAAUCAGAAUGUUCCUUAUAAAGUGAUCACCAUUAACGAAAAUAAUGAACCAGUUUCCAAGAUAGAAAUCAUUUAGAAAGUACUUGAAAUUAACUUUACAGGAGAUGUAUUGAAAGUGAGGUUAUGUUUAUUAAGGAAAUAAACGUAUUUUGAUUACAUCUGAAGAUAAUUGAGAAAAAUAUCCAAAAAAUGUCAUAUGUCAUAAUAACAAAAAUAUGAGUUGAAAUGAUUAUCAGUAAUUUCAGUUGUUUAUUAUUCAGAAUCAGAAUCACAAAAAAAAAUGAUCUAAAAACGGUUCUCCGUUGUAGUGGAAAUUUAAUAUAUUUAGCAAAAAAUGUUUGUAAAUAUCGUUUUUGGAACAUACACUUUUCUGAUAACAAUCAGAAAACCUAACCUAUUAGGUAGGCAACUAUUCAUGCAUUCAAACUGCUUAACCUCAACAUAGUCCACAUUUCUUAUGGAUCUAAUACCUGUUUAAAAUGGCUAAUUUCUUUCUCAAUUGAAGUGUGAUUUAGAUAGUUUAUAAAUAAAUGUGUGAUUGUCAAAUUCAAUUAACAUCGCAUUAAUCAAAAAACAAUUUUAAAAAAUUAAAAAAACUAAAUGUUCGAGUGUGAUUGAAAACUUUACAACUCCUACAAUUACGAGCUUGUUAAUUCAUUAUAACACUUCUGGAUAGUGUGGUACUUUAUUAGGUUCAUAAGCGUGGAUAAAACAUUAUAAUUAUACGGGGUAUUGUCAAAAAUACCACAUUCAAUACACCUUUUGAGUGGCUUAAAUCGAUAUCUAUAAUUUUAUACAAAAUGUUCGUACUAUACUGAUAGAUAUUUUCCUGGACUUCAAUACUUAUUUGUUCGCAAUUUACGAGCCUAGUAUAACAAACUAAAAAUAAAAUUAGUCAGCUUCAUACCCGUAAAUAAAAACGUUAAGCGCCAAUUGCAGAAAUAUUUGAUCUGAUGUGAGAGAUUUUGAUGGUAAGAAUAUAUGUCUCUUUUAAAAAUAAAAAAAAACAAAUACUUCAUGAGGUCCAUAAGCGUGGAUUUAUACGGGGAUUUUCGAAAAAUAUGAUUAACUGUUAUCACUACAGUCAAUACACAUUUUGGGGGAUUUAAAACGAUGUAAUAUUAUGCAAAAUGUAUAUGAAAAAAUUUUGGAAAUAUCGACUUAAUAAAGAAGAUUGUGGUUCAUUGAAAGUCUAUUUAUACUGAUAGGCAUUUGAAAAUCACUUUCCAAUAGUAUCCUGGCUAAAAAAAAUAUCUCACUCAUAACUUUUCAUUUUAUCAGGAAAUAACCAUUUUUGAGAAAAAAUGAGACUAGAUAUGUCAAAAAAAUAUCUUUAUAUGAAAUAUACAGGGACAAAGUGAAUCUUCAAAGUUUGUUUUUUUACUAGUGUAACAAGCUAAACAUGAAAUUAGUCAUUAUGCAUACAUAAAAAUAUUCAAAACUAAGCGCCAACGGUGGAGAGUUGAUUUGAGAGAUUUUUAUGGUAAUACCACUAAAAAAUUUAAUAUACAGCUCUCUUUUUCUCGAAUCUGAUAUACAUGCAGAAUAUAGCUCACGCUCCUCCACGUACGCAUGUUUAAAUAUUAAAUUAUGACUCAUAAUAUUUGGAUAAUAGCACUUUCCACUGUUAAGUCAAAUAUGGGUUACUAUAAUCCGUUGUAAACUGUCUGUUAGUGCUUAAAGACCUUCCAUUAUAUUUCCAAGGACAGUUUUCAGGUUUCUUGUGUCAACAUAUAGUAUUAUUUUGAUAUUGGUGUUUUAAUUUUUAGUUUGUUUGAUAUUCAAUCAACCCAUAAAUAAUUUUGGAUAUUUUUUUCUGGAAACAAAAAUUUUUAUUGUUACGUAAUAUUUUGUAUAAUAAAUGCACUGUACCAAAUGCAUUUUUAUAUUGUAUGUUAUAUAACAUUUUACCUAAGACAAUUUGUAAUUAUUUUUUAUUUUGUACAUAACAUUUUUUUAAUCACAUAAUCCAUUAGUCGUGAUUUAUUUAUUGUGUGUAUAACAAAAAAUUUAAGAUUAAACAAAUUAUUGUUAUUGAAUGGAUGGUUUUAGUUUUGUAUAUUUUGUAUAUUUUUUAUUUUAUUUUCUAUUUUUAUGUUAUCAAGAGCCCUAUUUAUUUUUAUAACAAUAAUAUACAAGUUGUUUUCUAACACGUAUCAUAAUACAUAUAAAAAUUCUCCAGAAUUAUGAUAGAUGUCACCUUGGUCCUUUAGCCCUUCCAUAAAUGUUUUUAUUGUCUAUGGUGUUUGUAUUUGUCAAAAUUUAUCAUUAUCAUUUUAUUUACUAUCAUUCUAUUGGAAAUUAUCACUUUUAACCCCUUUUGUAAAAAGAGAUAAGUCAUAAUAUAAUUUCGUAGACAAUUAGAUAAAAAUUACAGCGUGGCAACGGUGUAAAACAUCUGUCACAUUAUUUUUUACAAAGAACGUUCAAGAUUUAUGAGUAUUUCAAAGUACUUUAAGCAGUACUAUCUAUAUAUAAUUUCUGGCUUUGAUUGUCUCCAAAAGAGUUUAAAAAUUCUAUUGAAAGUAGAAAACUCCUCCUCCCAGUCAUCUUCAAUUAGAAAACGAAGAAGAAGUUGAUCUUUCACAACAACAGGAACACAAAAGAGUACGUGAAUGAAAGAUGAGAAGAAGACAAACAAACAUAAAUUGAGAAAGUAAAAAACAAAUAAAAAAUUAAGAUACAAGCAAAGGUCAGGUAUUAUUUGAUACUCGAUCAAAAUUAGGGUUAAAUAACCUAUUAUGUAAGAAAAAAUUAAUGUUUUGAUGUUUGUACUAGUCAUAAAUGAGAUUAUGAAGUAUAAUUAUCAAAAUUUUGCAUCAGGAGCUUAAUAGACACAUAAAAUUGCAACUCAAGGACAUACCAAGGAUUUGUUUGGAAAAAAGGAACCUAUAGGUUUCAAGAUUCUCUCAAAGCAAGUGAUUAGGAAGGGCAACUCUACCACUUCAACACAACUUGUAUAUUUUGAUGAAUGAAUGUGUGAUGAAUGAUGUGAGUUUACUAGAAAUUGUACAGUAUUAUCAGUAUCUUAUUAAGGAAAUAAAAGUGUAUUUCAUAUUUAUUGUGUUAUUCAAAUAAUAAGCUGAAAACGCCCAUUUCCGAUCUAUUUAAAAUAUUAUUUCAAGAAAAUUCAUACAGUGUAAUUCAAUUAGAAUUUAAUAUUUUUAAUUAGGUUAAAAAUGGGCUUUGAAACUGAAAAUUCUGUAUUGAAUUACUUAUUCCGAUGACCAUAAUACCAAUAAUUUGGUUUUUAAUUGAAUUCAUAUAAAUUUAAUAGGAAUUUCAGUUUAUUGAUAAAACUAUAUCUAGUUCCUAGAAAUCAUUUUAAGGAUAUGAAUGUUUAAAAUUAAUAGACCUCAAAAGUAACCCUAGAUCUAGUUUCUGUGUUGUCAACAUAUCAAACUGUAAUGUGCUUCGAAUCUCAGCUAUGUUGGAUAAAAAAUAAAUCUUACAUUUAAACUUCA